UCCAAACAGACAAAAAGCAGGAGAAAAAGGGAGCAUCUGACCCAAUGAAUCCGUGCCGCCCCACCUGGAACAUCGGGGACAUCGCUGCUUAAGAAAAACCCAGCGCCGGCGCUGCAGCAUCCUCGACGGGAACGCUCCUGCUCGGCCCGCAGGCCCUCAUGCUUUAGGCCUUUUUUUUUAAUGAUAAUAAAUGCUGAAAUCACUGUAUUCCCGGGAGCGUGUCCCGUUUCUAACAGCACGGCGCGGCCUGGCUCGGCGCAGCACGGCAAGCUGUCACUGAGGGGCUGGCCCCGCCCCCUGCCCUCUCAGCCAAUAACGGAGCCAAGGCCGGCGCUUGGCUCUUCCCAUUGGUGGCUUUGAAGAAGGCGGUGGCCAAUAGCGACGGCGCGGCGGUUGUGGGGAGCGCCGGUGGUCGAUCGGCGGCAGCGCCCGGGAUGGAGCGGGCGGGAGCCUCGGAGCUGGGUCUGAGGGGUCCCGGUACCGGGGGCGGGGGGCGGAGGAGAACGGAGCUGAGAGGCCCUGCGAUGCGGGGCAGCCGCGGACCCUCUGGGGCGGGUGUCUUGUGGGGAGGCCCGAGUUCUGUGGGAGUGCUGGACUGGAGGGGGCACGGAUGGGCCUGUGGGGAGGGUGCCAGGGGCCGCCUGGGGGCUGCCGAGGCCUUGGGAGGGAGCGUGAGGGGCAGCGGUGUGCCUGACGGUGUGGCACGGAUGGGACUAUGGGGAGGGUGCCGGGGGCUGCCGAGGCCUUGGGAGGGAGCGUGAGGGGCAGCGGUGUGCCUGGCGGUGUGUGAGCCCGCGGGAGGCGCCCACGAAACGGGCCCAGGGACGCGGCGGUGUGGGAGUGUGUUGGGGGGUCGCGCUGCUCUUAGGGCUCAGUGGAAGCCUUUCCUUCUGCAAACUGAGCCGUGCACAGUUGAGGUGUUGAGUGGCAUCACGCUGUGGAGGUCAGGAAGAUUAAGUGCCAGUGAGCCUCUGGGCAAUAUCAUGUGCAAAAGGGACUUUAUGGGAACAGCACUGCCAGGCUCCCAGGCAGGGAGGUUGAGAUGUGUGCAAUGUAGUGUUUGAGAGUAAGAGAAAUUCAUUGUCAUGAGUACUCAGUCUUUGAGUACUGAGACCUGUGUGCACUGCAUUUCCUGUCAUCUCUUUGCAGCACAACGGAGGAGCCAGCUGCAGAACUGCCAAGCAGCCAAGGAAAGGCUGAAAUGCACAAGUGCCAAACCCUUUUUAAAGGACUGGACUAAUCACCUGAAUCCACCCUUAGAACCAGUUUCUAAACUCAAGCAUGUUAACAGCAACAAGAAGGAUGUUCUUGGCACUGUGAUGGAGGGUGCACAAGAGGAUGGCAAGCUUGGAGCCAAAGCUAUGCAGGACACUGGCCACACUGCUCUGAAGAAGGCUUCAAAUAGAUGCCAGAGAGCAGGAGGGGUGUGCCCAGUGCAGCCAGGGAACAAUGUGACAUUUCCUGCUUCUGCACAGGCUAGAGGCAGGUUCCCAUCUUCAAGCUCUGGUCACCUAAAUCCAGAAAGGAGCCAGAAGCCUGCACAGGAGACUGUCACUGCAGCAGCACUGCAGGUGGGAAAUGACCACUCUCUGCACUCCCUGAAUAUGGGGCUGCAGGACAGGCUGGUCUGCAAUAAGGAAAACCUUGGCCCACAAGCUUCCACAUCCUCAGAGCUGAUCAGAACUAUCCACUCCAAUAAAAACAGUCUCAGGAAGGAGAGGGUCUUGGCCCACAGGCAAGGAAGAUCUGGAACAUCAAGGUCUGUUCUGGGUCAGAAAGGAAGUAUGGGCAACCACCAGGAUAAGGAAGAGACAGAUCUGGACAAAUUCAGGAAAGCCCUGCCAGAAUCAAGAAGGUCUCAAAAUACAAGUAACACAACUCAGCCACUGCAGCCCUCUCGGCUCCUUCCUGCUUCUACUAGUAUGACACAUAAAAACCCAGGGACAAAGCAAGGAGAAGGCACUACUGUGAGGCAACCUGGCACAGCUCCAGGGGGCAGCCUCAAGCACAGCCCCACCUUGGGCAAGCCCCAGGGGACCACAAACCUGAAAUCCAACCUGAACCCAGGAGUCACUUUGCCAUGGCCAAGGCCCGUGGUUAAAGAGGUGAUGGACAGGAAGGACAUGAAGGUGGUGGCUCCUGGACACACAGCAGCAUCCCAAGGGACAGGACACAAAAACCAGUCUCACGGCAUACACAACUCCAAAACUCAUGUCCCUGAGGAUGAUUUGAGAAGCAGGAGAGAUCAGCCCGGACCAGAGCUGCCGAAGGCAAGUGGCAUGCAGGCUAGGCGUGUUGCAAGGACCCCAUCAGCUGCAGAUCGUAGGAAACAGCUGGAAGAGUGGUUGGCAUCCAAAGGCAAGACAUACAAGCGGCCGCCGAUGAUGCUGCUUCAGAAGCAGGCGGUGAAACCAUCCUGCAGAAAGGUCAAGGCAACAGAGAAGCAAGAGAAUCCAGAGCAGCGCUGCCAAGCAAAGAUCAACAACAUAUUUACUGAGUGCCUGAAGCUCAUUGAGGAGGGUGUCCAUGCAGAGGAGAUCUCAGCAGUGCUGUCCCUUGUGCCACGGGCAGAGAAAUUUGCCAAAUUCUGGAUCUGCCAAGCAAAGCUGCUGGCCCGGAGCGGCCCCUUUGAUGUGUUGCAGCUGUACAGAGAAGCAGUCAGUGCUGGGGCUGAGCCAGUUGAAGAGCUCAGACAAACUGCUCUCAAGAUUUUGAAGGAUGCAGGCCAAAAACUGGAAGGAGAAAAGGCAGAGGAACCCAUUGCUUGGGAGCCUACCACACCUUGUCCAGCUGAGAGGCAGCCCAUAGCAUCAACUCCAGGCCUGGUGGGGAGGCCCAUGACCUUCCUCCCCCCCUCAGUCAAGCUGCAGGUUACAUCUGCAUCCAGAGGAAAGGAAUUCCUGGAAGGCCCAGAACUGAAAUUUGUAACUCCCGUGCGGCGCUCCCUGCGGACCGAGAGGGCUCAGAGUCGCUACCCAGAGAUGCUGAAGGACCACGACCCUGUGGUGUCAUCCCUCAGUGAAAUCCUGGAUGCUGAGGAGGACACUCGCUUCUUCUUCCGAAAAAACAAGGCUUUGCCAGAAGUGGCAGAGCUGGAGGGCUUAAGUUCAUAUCCCCCCAAGAGCUCCUGAGGGGUUCCCAGCAGGAGCAGGCUGCCUGCUCACAGUGCUGCCUUGUACACACUCUCCUGAGUGCUUGAGGCUUCCUGGUUGCCUCACAGUAGUACUUUCUCCUUGCUUUGUCUCUAGCUUUUAAGUAUCAAACUCUUGCUGCCCCUCAGAUGUAGAGGGGAGGGGUUGGCACAGAAUAAGCAUGGAUGAAAUAAAUAUCUCAAUCUGGUUUUAAAUAUUAAACUUUGCAUUGGAGAUGUGUGCGGGCUAGUUAGUGGUGUGGAGACAGCAGCUGUGUCUCCUGGGAUUGUGGCCCCCAGGACUGCCCUCGGCUCCUCUGCCAUCACACACACUCUGGGACCCCAGCUGCUGCAGUGGGGCUGCCAGGGAUGCUGCAGCGGUGGCACUGCCUCUUCACCCUGCUGCUGCAUGCCCCCAGGCUGGCACUGAGCUGGUGGGAGAGCGAUGAGCUAAAGGGGCACCAGGCAGAUCUGAAUUAAAGGGGCAGGAGCUAGCAGACUUGGGGGGAGCCUCUCCUGGCUCAGGGCAGAGUCAGGAGAAGGUCCCAGCUGCCCAGGGACAGGCGUGACAGGGACCAUGAGUCAGGGCCACCAGCCAUCCUGUGGCCAC